GUAAUUAGGUGCCAACCAGAGGAAAAAUAGGUCCCUCAAUCACGGAUUACCUUCACUUUCCCCAAAAACUCCACCUUCUCGUCUCUGUCUGUGCCGGAGGAAGCGUAGUAGGAGAGAAAGGAAACUGCAAUUCACAUAUCAACAAUGGAUGGACAUGAUUCAGAAGAUACGAAGCAAAGCACUGCAGACAUGACAGCUUUCGUUCAAAACCUCCUUGUGCAGAUGCAAGCUAGGUUUCAGACGAUGUCCGACUCCAUUGUCUCAAAGAUCGAUGAAAUGGGAGGUCGCAUAAACGAGUUGGAGCAGAGCAUCAACGACCUUAGAGCAGAGAUGGGAGUAGAGGGUUCUCCAUCACCUUUGCCACCGUCCAAGCAAAACCCAAGUGAAGGAAAACAAGAGGGCUCAGCAUAGAAAUUCAAGAUCUCGCCUCUGAUGAAGAUUGUGACUAUGAGCAUAUUAAAUUCGCUUUCCUUAUAGUUUUUUGCUUUACAACUGAUGUUUACUACGAAACUAUGAAAGACCAAUUUCUCUGUUUCUUUUGUUGCUUUCGAUUUCUACCCGUAGCGGCUUGUGACUGCCUCUUUAACACCCAAAGUUUCAAGAUGCUAUUCAGUUCAUGAUUCAUGAAUGCAGGUGGUUUGGUUUCUUUGUUUU